UCAUCUAGUUUUCUAGCCUCUUUCCUUUUCCCUCUCUGUCUCUCUCUUAGCAAAUGGUAUGAUCAGGGAAAACGAACAGAGCCAAAACAGCUCGCCAGCAAGACAAGAACAAAGAACAGCCCCCGUUGCCGCCGAUCAUCUAGAUUUCAAGAGCAGCCGGCAAUGUGGGUUGUCCACCGGAGUUUGGACAACCUCCGGGGCUCCACCAUCGUGUUGGGUAUCUCCAACGCGGUGGUCCUGAUCCUCGGCGCCUCGCUGCUCAUCGUCGAUUUCAACUCCUGCGGCCACCACAACGCCCUGCCCUUUGCGGCCGUCACGCUGGCCUCGGCUGUCCGGAUUGCCGCGAUGGUCAACACGGCUAUCGCUCAGGAGGCCACCGCCCAGAACAUCCUCGGGUCUCCCGAGAGCUCCGUCGUGGACACGGCCGUCCGCAUCGAGAGGCGGGUAAGGUAUAAGAAGUGGAUCUGGUGGACGCGUUUUGCGACAAUUAUUACGGUGCUGCAGUUUGUUGGAGCCAUUUACCUUUUGGUGCACAUGUAUAGAUCUGCUUCCCACCAAGAAACUGCCAAUGAAUGUCUUUUAGGGGUAGUGUCAAGAGAUAGCAGAUGGGAGAAGAACAUGCUGGCUGUGUUUGUGAUAAUGGUAUGUGUUAUUGCGAUUAUUCAGUGCUUCGCUGGGUCUGAUGUUCUGAGAUGGAGGUCGUUUUAUGUGACUGAAGACAAAGCAUGGAAGGCCCACUAUAGGGAGGUAUUUGAUCUUGGCAUGCGCGAGGCCUUGUGCUGUCUUGGACGAUCCAAAUACUUGAGUGCUUCGGAGGAGGAUGAGGUUUAUUCUGUUGCCCAGGUGCUGGGUGAUCUAGUUGCCUAUCGCGCAUCAGGCACUGGUCACUUGGAACUUUUGACAGGUCUAGCUUUAUUUCAGAGGCAUGUUAAUUCACCAAAGAGUGAUGAAGGUCUUGGAGCAGCACCUAGAGGACAGAUGGAGGAGGCUGCUUCCCUUCACCGAUUUGCUGAAGCCGCAUAUACGGGUCCUUUGCUUGAUGUUGGAAGGAAUCCCUUCUCAUUUCCAUGUGCUUGGGCUUAUAGGCAGGGGAUCUUGACGCCGUGGUCUCGAAACAGGAGGCCGAAACUGAAAGGUGACAAUUGGUGGCGUGGCCAUGCAGCAGCUUUUCUGAAGUACUUGCACUUGGCCCCAGAUGCUCUUCGUAAAGGGCGUGUUUCUCAGAGAAGAUGUGAAGCUGCAUAUUUUAUCGUCGUCUUGCACGAUCUUCAAACGGUUGUUAUUGCGGUGCGUGGAACUGAGACCCCGGAAGAUCUCCUGACUGAUGGCUUAUGCAAAGAAUGCCCCCUUUCUAGUGAAGACUUAGAUGGGUUGAUAAAUAGCAAUCAAGUAAAACUCAAUGCAAGACAAGACAUUGAGUCGUCUUUCCCUCACUACGGGCACUCUGGUAUAGUUGAAGCCGUCCGGGAUCUCUUCCUGCAGAUUGAUGGCAGUCCCGUAGAUGAUUCUGGGGAUAUAGAAUCUACACAAACAGGUUUCCUCUCCUCAUUGAUGGGAUCAGGAUGCGAGUGUGACGGUUACAGUAUCAGAAUAGUGGGCCACUCUUUGGGAGGUUCUAUCGCUUCUAUGCUUGGAAUUCGACUUUACCAUAGAUACCCCAAUCUUCAUGUCUAUACAUAUGGAAGUCUUCCUUGUGUUGAUCUGACGGUGGCAAACUCUUGUACAGAAUUUAUCACAAGUAUCGUGUACGACAAUGAAUUUUCUGCCCGCCUUUCAGUUGGAUCAGUACUCCGACUCAGAGCGGCAGCUCUCAGGGCCCUCUCCCAAGAUCAGAAAACCGACAAUGCCUUGAUCUUUAGACUUGCCCAUCAGUUCCUGUUCUUGAACAAGUACCUUAGUAACAGGGUUCAGGGUCCUCAACCUAUUGAGGCUGGAGAAUAUACCCAAAACCCACAUCCUGUGCAGUACAAGAAUGAAGAGGGUGGGAAAAAGGAAUUGGACAAUGUGUCCCCUCUCUUGGACGAGGCGGGCGCGAAAAGUACUGCCAUUGAUAUUGAUAGCUGCAACAUCACGAGUUCUCUUGAGCCUGAUGACUCCACUGUGGAAAACUCGCUUGAUGAUCCUGUCUCUGAAUUCUUAGAAACUGUCCCAGAACCUGACAAUUCCUCGGACCAGGACCCGGCCGAGUUGUUCAUUCCCGGUCUUGUGAUCCACAUAGUCCCGAAGAAGAACAACUUCCUCAUUCCCAUGUGGAGAGGCUGGGGGGCCCAGGAGACUGCAGAGAGCUUCAGAGUCUAUGUGGCCGACCGACAAAGCUUUAGGGACAUGGUUGUGUGUCCUUCAAUGUUUCUCGACCAUCUCCCUUGGAGAUGCCGCAAUGCACUGCACAAGAUAUUAGCCAAUCAAGAUUUGGGUUUACAAUCUGAAUAAGUUGAGUACGUUCUUAUUCCUUCUGAUGCAUUGGACUGGAGAUUUCCCCACCAUUGAUUGCAUAUAUGGAAACUACAACUAACUGAUGGAGUAUCUCCAAGAGCAGUUCUGAUACGUUUUCACGCGGGAAAACAGAAGCUGUUCUUGGAAGUGAAGUGCUUAGAAAGGCGAAGACGGGACGAGACCUUAUCCAAGGUGAAGAUGGGACGACCUUACAUGAUGUCUGUUGCGAUAUAUAUAUGUAGUUGUAUUAAGAACUCAGGUUUCUAUGCGAAUGCUGAUGACUACAUGACCCUUGAUGAGAAUUGAGAAUUGAUGAGAAUUGCGAAUAUAGUGGCACUUAAUUUGGGUAAUCGAACAUAAGGUCGUCCAGUUAGGUUCAA